UCCGCGCGCUCUCGGCCCGCGAUGCUGCCUCUCCGCGCCCGGGGGCCCGCACCCGCCUGGGCCCCGCUGCUCCUGCUCCUGCUCUUCGCCGAGGGGCCCCGUGGCGGCGGCCGUGCCAGCCCGGUGCCCUCUGCGCCCCUGCCGCCGCCCGGGCCGUGCGCCGCCGAGCAGCCCUGCAGGAACGGGGGCGUGUGUGUCCCGUCGGCGCAGACCCCGGCCCGGGAAGGCGACCCCGGCUACAGCUGCACCUGCCCCUCGGGCUUCGCGGGCGACCGCUGCCAGAUUGUGACGGAUCCUUGUGCCAGCAACCCCUGUCACCAUGGCAACUGCAGCAGCGGUGGGAGCAGCGGUGGCAGCGGCGGCAGUGGAGGCAGCGAUGAUUAUUUCUGCAUUUGCAACCCAGGCUAUGAAGGUCUAAACUGCGAACAGCCACUUCCCAACCUCCCAUCCUCUGGUUGGACUGAGUCCACAGCACCCAGACAGCUGCAGCCAGCUCCUGCUACCCAAGAGCCAGAUAUUGUUCUGCCUGGCUCUCAGGCAACUGUGACCUUGCCCACGUGGCAGCCAAAAACAGGCCAGAAGGUGGUAGAAAUGAGAUGGGACCAAGUGGAGGUGGUCCCAGACAUUGCCUGUGGGAAUGCCAGUUCCAACAACUCUGCAGGGGGGCGCCUGGCAUCCUUUGAAGUACCUCAGAACACUUCUGUCAAGAUAUGGCAGGAUGCUACUGCUUCACUGAUUUUACUCUGGAAGGUGACAGCCACGGGCUUCCAGCAGUGCUCCCUCAUCGAUGGCCGCAGUGUCACCCUCCUGCAGGCUCCUGGGGGCCUGGUGCUGCCCGAGGAGAUGCUUGUCCUAGGCCACAACCACUUCAUUGGCUUCGUGAAUGAUUCUGUUACCAAGUCUAUUGUGGCUUUGCGCUUAACCCUGGUGGUGAAGAUCAGCAACUGUGUGCAGGGAGAGAGUCACAGCAGCGAUGUAGAGUGCUCGGGGAAGGGGCGAUGCACCACUUCACCCUCGGAGGCAACAUUUUCCUGUAGCUGUGCUGAUCAGUAUGUGGGUCCUUUCUGUGAAGAAUUUGAUGCCUGCCAGACGCACCCCUGUGAGAACAAUGCGAGCUGUGUGGAUGCCAAGGAGAAACAAGAGGGAAGCAACUUCACCUGCAUCUGCCUUGCUGGUUACACGGGAGAGCGUUGUCAAUCCAAGAUAGACUAUUGCAUCCUGGACCCCUGCAGAAAUGGAGGAACCUGCUUGUCUGAUCUCGGUGGAUUCACCUGCCAGUGCCCAGAAGGCUACUUGGGGCCCACGUGCGAGGAGAAGGUGGAUCCAUGCGCCUCUGCACCCUGCCAGAACAACGGCACCUGCUACCCAGAUGGCUUGCACUUCCGCUGCAGCUGCAGUGCAGCUUUCACAGGACCCACCUGUACCCAGCUUGUUGACUUCUGUGCUCUCAACCCCUGUGCCCAUGGCACCUGCCGCAGCGUAGGCACCAGCUACAAAUGCCUCUGUGAUCCAGGCUACCACGGCCUCUAUUGUGAAGAGGAGUACAAUGAGUGCCUGUCCGCACCUUGCCUCAAUGCUGCCACCUGCAGGGACUUGGUCAAUGGCUACGAGUGUGUGUGCUUGGCUGAAUACAAAGGAACUCACUGUGAAUCCUACAAAGACCCUUGUGCCAAUGUGAGCUGUCUCAAUGGAGGCACCUGCGACAGCGAAGGUCUGAAUGGGACAUGUAUCUGCCCACCCGGGUUUACAGGUGACGAAUGUGACAUUGACAUAAACGAAUGUGACAGCAACCCCUGCCACCAUGCCGGCACCUGUCUGGACCAGCCCAAUGGUUAUACUUGCCACUGCCCCCAUGGCUGGGUGGGAGCCAACUGUGAAAUCCAUCUGCAGUGGAAGUCGGGUCGCAUGGCUGAGAGCCUCACCAACAUGCCACGGCAUUCACUCUACAUCAUCAUCGGGGCUCUGUGCGUUGCCUUCAUCCUGAUGCUCAUCAUCCUCAUUGUGGGGAUCUGUCGCAUCAGCCGCAUAGAGUACCAGGGCUCAUCACGUCCAGCCUACGAGGAGUUCUACAACUGCCGCAGCAUCGACAGCGAGUUCAGCAGUGCCAUUGCAUCCAUCCGGCAUGCCAGGUUUGGAAAGAAAUCCCGGCCUGCUAUGUAUGAUGUGACUCCUAUCGCCUAUGAAGAUUACAGCCCUGAUGACAAACCCCUGGUGACACUGAUCAAAACAAAAGAUUUGUAAUCUUUUUGGGGGGAUUAUUUUUCAAAAUGAUAGGAUAAUACACUCAUUUAAAUAUUUUUAAGAAAAGACAAAGCUUAAGACGUUUAAAACAUUAGCUGCUCGAGAGUUUUCGGUAGACAAUUUAAGAACUAAUUUUCUGCAGCUUUUAGUUUGAAAGAAUAUUUUAAAAACAGAAUUUGUGAAACCCAUAGAUUCGUUUUCAUGUACUUCCAGCUCUCUUAAACUGUCCACUUUGACUAGUGUGAGCUCAUUUUGUGGUAGACACUAUCACCAAACCCGGAUUUCCUUCUGUGGUUGGUACAGAAUAAGUCUCAUCAAGGCAAAGUUUGUAUUUGAUCUGUGAGUGCCUGCUUUCGGAGUAGAGUUAAGGAACACAUGUAGAGUUUGAUGUAUAAUACAGUAGACUUGUUAAUUAAAAAAAAAAAGAAGUCUGAACUGUUUGUUUUGUGAAAAAAAAAAAAAAGAAACUAGUUAACUUCUUCCUAACCCGAAUGACAUUAGCCUCUGCCUUAUUCUGUGCAUGGGUAAGUAAUGUUUUUCUGCACUGUUUUGUUGAAUCUUGCAGAAACAUCUCUUUGAGCUUUUUUUUUUUUUUUUGUCACUUUCAUAACUGUCCUCAGAAUAGGCCUUGAAAAUAUGUUUAAUGAAAGGGUCUCAUGAGGCACAGUAUAUGGAAGCUGUUUUCUUUCUGAAGUCAAGGUUUUCUAUUGUGAGUAAAUUAAAUUUAUGUUGGAGUUGUUGCUAAAAGGUAGUAACCGUAGGAAAGUACUGGCCCCUCCAAUAGUGAGUAUUUCUCAUAGUGCAUCUUUAUUUAUAUCCAGAACAUUUUUGUGGCUGUAUUUGAUUGAAAUGUGCUUCUUCUGAUUCUUGCUAAUUUCAAAGGAUAUUGAAUAAAUGUUACCAAGUCAAGGA